AAGUGGUUCGUCGGGUCGAAUAUGGCAAAGAUUAUGAAGUUAUCAGCACUGUUGCAAAGUUAGAAAAGGAAGAACAAGUAACAGAAUUCUUUCUUCAUCUUGACUCGCUAUUAAAUUCAAUAAGACGAGAAGAAAAACCUUUUGAUGAAAAAUUUCUUGAACAAUACGAAAAAGAACGGGAAAAGAUAGAGUCAUUAGAGUAUGAAAAAUUGAAAGCGGCAAGAAGAAAUUCCAUCACGGAGAUAGAUAAUCUGUUAACCCCAGAAGAACAAGAAAUUGUUCUUUCCCACCAAAUCCAAAUAAAUAUUCCUUAUUUGAAAAUUUUACCUACCUAUUGUAGUUGCGAAAUACCUCCUAAUUACAUAAUUACUUUUUUUGGACGGGAUUUUUUUAAUCGAAAAAAGAAUUUUGUUGGCGGCUAUUAUCAUACACGCGAACAAAUUCACUACAAUCAUAUAAAUUGUUGUCUAAAAACACCGGGGCAAAUCAACGAAUUCAAAAAUCGAGUUAUUGCAGCCAUUCAAAAGGAAAGACCUAUAUUUAGUGAAACCAUAAAGUCCAUAAUAAUAAGUAAAGAAGAAGAAAAAGCCAAAAAGAAAAAACUUGAAGAACUUGAAAAAGCCAAAAAAUUGCUUAUACAGAAAGAAAUUCAAAGAUUAAAAACCCAAAACUACAUAGGAAAAAUCAUCACAAUUCUUAUUUUCGCAAUACUAGGAAUAAUGACUAUUGAAAAACUUUUUUGGAAAAAGACAAAAAUAAUUAAACAGAGUAAGAAAAAUAACUAUUAA